AGUAAACAAAUAAGCGAAACAAUGAUAGUUCUUGACAGGGGGUCAAGGAGGGCUGCACAAAGUAGAGACAAUCGAGCUGCGCCCUGAGGAUGAGAGAGAAAAGAGGCUGUCAUGGAAGGAACCGAGAGCAGGACAUUGACGGCUGAAGGAAUUGCAAGCGGAAAGGCUGUGAAGCACAUUUGAGGAACAGAAAGUAGUCCGAAUGGCUGGUGUGUGAUAAAUAUGUGCAUUGGAUGAAUGCGUAAGAAUAUUCCCAGCAGCACCGAUCAUGAUGGCCCAAACUAGCAACAACCCAAAGGUGCACCAAUAGACAAAAAAAAAGGGAACUUAGCAAAGUGGCAGCCACUGGCCUGCUCGCCCAGAGCUUGGAACAGAGAGCUGAAGGGGGCCAUAUGACAUCCCUCCUGGACCCCUGGACACUCACAGGACCAGAGACCUCAGGUUGGACCAGGGUGCUUUACUCUGCUGGAGUUUCACCCCUGAUGGAAUGUCCCCUCCUGCCCCCUCAGAGAGGUAGCAUGGGCUCCGAAGGGGGCCCUGUGUGCCCAUCAGAAGAAGCCUGGACAUGGCAGCCUUGGAGCAUGGCAAGUCCCAGGAACGCCAGGAGCCCUGGCUGGACAAGACCCAUAGCCCAGUGCAUGGCAGGGACCAAGCCGAAAGCAUCAGCCCCUGGCCCAGACCUCCCACGUCCAGGACCUGAAGAGCACUUAGAUGCCCACGACAGCCAAAGCUCCAACUCCAGCAUGACCACGCGGGAGCUGCAGGAGUACUGGCGGACCCAGAAACGCUGCUGGAAGCACGUCAAACUGCUCUUCGAGAUCGCUUCCGCCCGCAUCGAGGAGGGGAGAGUCUCCAAGUUUGUGAUGUACCAAAUCGUCGUCAUCCAGACGGGGAGUUUUGACAGCAACAAAGCCAUCCUGGAACGGCGUUAUUCAGACUUCGAGAUGCUCCAGAAGAAACUCCUAAAGACCUUCCGGGAAGAGAUCGAAGAUGUCGUCUUCCCCAAAAAGCACCUGAUGGGGAACUUCACCCCGGAGAUGAUCUCCGAGCGCAAGCUGGCCCUCAAAGAGUACCUAGGUCUGCUCUACGCCAUCCGCUGCGUGCGUCGCUCGCGCGAGUUCAUCGACUUCCUCACGCGGCCCGAGCUGAAGGAGGCCUUCGGCUGCCUGCGCGCGGGGCAGUACACCAAGGCCCUAGACAUCCUGGUGCGCACGGUGCCGCUACAGGAGAAGCUGACGUCCCACUGCCCCGUGAUGGUGGUGCCAUCCCUGUGCGCCAUGCUGGUGUGCCACCGCGACCUGGAGUGCCCCGCCGAGGCCUUCGCCGCCGGGGAGAGGGCUCUGCAGUGCCUGCAGGCCCGGGAGGGCCACCGUUACUACGCCCCGCUGCUGGACGCCAUGGCCCGCCUGGCCUACGAGCUGGGCAAGGACUUUGUGUCCCUGCAGAAGAGACUGGAGGAGAACCAGCUCCGGAAGCCCGCCCCCCGGGGCUUCACCCUGAAGGAACUCACCGUCCAAGAGUAUCUGUACUGAGCCACUCCCCGGGGAAGCUGGAGAAUUGGGGAUCACCAUGGCUCGUGGGCCUUUGGGGGUUGAUUCUGAGCAGAAAGAGCCACUUUGGGCUCUAGCUUGCGGGAUGACUUUGAACAAGCCCCUCCUCUGGUCCUCCGUUUCCCCAUCUAUGUUGAGCGGAGAUGCUUCCGGGCAUCCUUGGAAGCCUUUACUUGUGUCCUGUGUCCCCUUGAUGCCAGGCCCACUUCGUCGCAAAACCACAAACCCAGCUGCCAAAACACUGGAGAGUCAUAUCAACCUUACUGGUGUUUCUGUAGGUAGCUGGAGGAGAGGUUUAAAGUGCACAUCACAGACAAAGCUUGAUUCAUUUCCUCAGAGACAUCUCUCUUUAGCUGCCCUGAGGCUUUCCUCUUUGUUCCUCCCCCCUCAACCUUGCUGGCAAAUAUUCCCACCUAUUAUCCUAAGUAUUCUAGCUCUUCCCUGUUAGGGGUAGGCCCAACUCAGCAAGACAAAAGGUCACCUACUGCUCCUCAAAGCCAGCUUUGUCCCCAGGAUGAGCCAUACCUCAUCCUUUGAAGGGUGAGAGGAUCCUGGGCUAGAACCAGCUAUCAUUGCCUGGGGUUGGUUUUCAUUUGUAAGGCAACUGUCCCUUGAAUGGCCUUUCUGGAUUACGUAGACAUAGCCCUGACAGGAGGUGGGACCUCUGGGUAGAAGAGAUUGAACGCUCGACACCUCCCCAUCUGAAGGACAAUGGAUUGGGAUGCCCUUAACCAAAGUCUGCUGUCAGGCCCCCAAGUGAAGUGGAUUCUGGACCAGUGACCUGGGUUCAGCACAGGGCAGGAGUUGAUGGUACAGGCUGGUUUGGACCCCAUAUGCCUAUCAGGCUAGCAGUCCCUGAAGAUCUAAACCAUGUGGCUGAGGUUAUUAUCAGGGUGAGGCUGUAACUUGGGAACCUUAACCUGGGGCACCACACUGGCCUGAACCAAGAUCUAGCUCAGCAAAGAGCAGUGGGCAAGCAUUCACUGAACUACACCGAACGUAUUCAACAGCAACACCAUGUGGCAACACCUGGAGUGGCCCAACCAGGCUCCUUCCUGAAGGUUAGACACAGACUGACACCUUCAGAAAAAGAAAGUUUUCAAGUAUCUCAAUUUACUCCAGGAGAAGGACACUUUAAGUGGGAGAGAUUGGAUUUCUUGGAAAUCUGGGCAGGUGGGUAAUUAAAGUGUUAAAUGGAAAAAUAAGAAGAGCUGCAAUUCUUUUGUA